AUGUAUUGGCUGCAUUUUCAUCUCCAUUCCAGAAUGAAUGUUCCAACCUUCACGAUGAGUGGACAUCUCUUGCGCUGUAUUUCCUUUCUUUCUCCCAUGAGGAAGGUUCUGAUUCCCUUUGCCUUCCGAGUCCAGUACGUUUGCCCGUUCUCCACUAGUAAAUGCCUUGAAUACACUCAACAAAUGACAUCUCGUCUCACCGGAAAAAAGACUAAGUUGUGGGAUCUCUACAAUGAGGUUGUCUACCCUCCCCGAGAAAACACCAUUGGUACUACCGAUGGCGAAAUAGCUGUUGAACCUCGGCCUGCUGAAGUCACUUAUACUAAGGAGAAUAUAUUGUAUAGCCAAAAAAAGCUUUGGCUACUGGCUUUUAUGAUUCGCGGAUUGUCUGUUGACGAGGCUUUCCAGCAGUUGGGCUUCCGACCAGAAAAGGGAGCUAGAAUUCUUGAAAAAGCUCUUGAGGCUGCUAUCGAGAGGGCAGUUACGGAGCAUGAUGUCGAAUUUUGUACAAAUUUAUGGGUUGAAAAGGCAUUGGUACUCCGAGGCGAUAGCGUACCGCGAAUCCAUAAGGGUCUUCGAACUACGGUGUCGAAAUCGAACUAUCACUACUCACGACUGAUGCUGCGGUUGCGUGAGGGCGCUCCACCGGCACUUUACCAUCCCUACCUUAUUCGUUCGUCCUGGCAUCCUGCUCCCAACUGUCCUGCAGACGGUGCUCCGGGUUGGGGCUCUGCGCACGACAUUCUCGACAUCCAAAUACGCAAAAUUCGGCGCCGACGCAUUCCCGGUGAACUGUAG